GCUUGUUGCUUCAAUGUGUCUCGGUUCACACGUCGGCUACGUAAUUUUUCCUCAUGUACUGCUAACACAAUCUGUUCGGUCCAUUUUGCAGAAUUUUUUGGCGCGCAUUUGUCUGCAUCAAUAAAUAAAAGAAUUUGAUGAAAAUGCAAUUUACAACGCAAAUAUCGAAUUUCUAUUUGUGUGCAUACAAGGUGUGUGUGAGUGAACCGGAAACGGAAAUCAAAAACAAGCAUCUGCAUCUGUGAAGUGUCAAAUAAAUCUGUUCAUUUUGAAUGAAAAUCCAAAAAGGUAUAAAAAUAAAUACAUAGCUAAGCGUAAACAAAAAGUGGAAAUAUAAUUUCAAAUAAAUAUGAAUGAAAGUGUAAACGGACAAACGGAAAUUUAAUUAAUUCGCAAACAGUCCGAAUAAGUGCUGUGUAUUGGAAUAUCUAUUUCCCUCCCCCCCUACAACUCUUUGGUAUUUGUUAUUUUUUAGUCCCACAAAACAAAAAAUUCGACGAGUGAAUGUUUACUGUAUAGGGGUUGGGGAAAACAAAUAUUUAAGAAAGUGUUGAACGUAAACAAAAAUUCGAAAUGGUUGCGUCCGAAGCUAUCAGCUGAAAAGUCAACAAUCCCAAAAGAUACUGGAGCGAAGACGAGUGAACCGCUAAUGUAAACGCUGACAAUUAUGUUGAGACUCUCCCAUCAGAAUGCAUCACUGGAACACCAUUCGACAUAGGAUAGUGGUGCUUUUCCUGCUGGUGGGGGCAUCUAAUGCCGUGGGCUUUGAUUCUGGGGAAAACACCACAAUGGUAUCACUGGACCCGGGUAGUAUGCAAAUGGAAGUGCAUCGGUACGUUACCGGUUUGCCCAGCUUAAAGGCAUCGGAUUCCAUUACUAGGACUCGUUUAAACCCCACUCCAGAUGGCGAAAUCACAGAGCUCAGCACUAACGUAACUCUAUACAUGGAAAAAAUCCCACGCCUACAGGUGCGAUGGCAGGACAACCUGCCGGAAGGCACAUCCUACAAUGUCCUCGUUAGCGCCAUGAAUAAUACAAGGUGUCCGGAUGCGCCGUGCAGCGAGUACGGCAUUAAGCAGAAGAAGGUCAGUCCAGAGCCGCACCUCGUCUUACUGCCAGUUAAUCCCAGCCUGAACGUGGAGUCGGUGGACUGCAACUACAUGUUUGGGUGCCAGUACCAGGUCAUUGUGGAGACCUCCAACGCGAUGGUAAGACGCUCCGCCCGCGUCUUUAUUCCACAGUGCCUGGAGGGCAAGUGCUCCUGCCAAUUGGCGCCCACGCCGCCAAAGGUCCUGGCCGUGGCCAAAAUGCUUAGUAACGACACCAUCAGCAUCAACUUCUCGAUCCUCGCCAGUGAGCAAUUUCGCAAGGAACAGGACUCUCAUUUGCACGAGACGUUGAGGAAAUACAAAAUGCAAUUGAAAAUCAAUGAGGAGACUAACCCCUCGCUUCCCUGGGGCGGGGUAUUGAAGCAUCUGCUGACCCGCGUCCACGAACUCAGCGAGCUGAACUUCAGGCCAACUCCCAAGGGAUUUGAGGGCAAUAUGAAGCUCAAGCUGGGAACGCAGCUCAAGGAGAAGGCCUCCCUCAGCCUUCAGGCCGUCAUCAUCGAUCCUUCCGGCUGCGAAGGGCCUCGCAGUGUCAUCAAGGUGCCAGUGCCUGCCAAUCCCGUUCUGCUAACAGAAGGUGACAGUGUGAGCAAUUCCAUAAUUGUCAUGAGCGGCAUGCUAAUUGCCAUUAUCCUGGCUGGUCUGAUUAUGCUGCUCUUGCGGCGCCGAAGGGCCAAAACAACUGCCAAGCUGCGAAAACAGGAGCAGAGUUACAUCCAGACCUUCGCCGCCUCGGCCAUCGAGAUGGAGGACAAUGUAAACUAUGUGGACAAGUAUGUGGAGAAAUCGCAGGUCCUGGGACUGGCAGACAUAUUCGAGGUUCCCCACUCGGCCAUCCGCAUUGGGCGAAUGUUGGGCGAGGGAGCCUUUGGUCAAGUGCACGAGGCCACCGCCAUUAACUUGCGCCGGAUGAGGGGCACCACUAUUGUGGCAGUGAAGCAACUAAAACCCAAUCCUAAGGCGGAUGAGGUGGCCGAGUUUCUGGCCGAGAUUGAGAUGCUCAAGGGUGUGGGCACCCACAACAAUGUCGUCUGUUUCCUGGGCUGCUGCACCAUCAAGGCACCAUACCUGAUGAUCAUGGAAUACGUGGGCAAAGGAAACUUGCUUACCUAUUUGAGAGCUGUGCGACAGGAGGCUGGCAAAAUAAAGCAGCGGGAUGCCAACUAUACGACCUGUAGACCAAUUUCACCCAGGGCCAAUGGCUCUUCAUCGCCGAAAGGACAAAGCGUGAACUACAUCGAGUUGAAGGCAUCUAGCCAGACCAUUGAAUUGCCAUCGGAAAACUCUAACGCAACUACCUGUUGUCCCCGGCAACCUCCUUCAUCGUUAGCAGAAACCACUUACACCAUUGUGGAGGAUGAUGAAAACUUUGAUUACAUACUGGACAACAAAGAGCUGCAUAAUUUCGCCUUGCAAAUUGCAAAUGGAAUGCGUUUUCUUGAAGAGCAGGAGAUAACUCACCGCGACCUGGCUGCUCGCAAUGUAUUGAUUGAUAGCAAUAAGACCCUGAAAAUUUCUGAUUUCGGACUCUCAAGGCAUGGAAUUUAUACGAAUACAAGGACGCGAAAGCUCCCUCUUCGAUGGCUGUCCAUCGAGGCCAUUCGCGACAACGUCUACUCCAGCAAGAGCGAUAUCUGGGCGUACGGAGUGGUGCUAUGGGAGAUUGGCACCCUGGGCGCCUCGCCAUAUCCAACGAUCAGCAACAGCGAGCUGAUCCCAUUCCUGAUGGCGGGAAAUCGACUGGAGAGGCCAGAGAUCUGCACUCCGCAGGUGUACACCAUCAUGCUGCAGUGCUGGCUGGAGGAGCCCGAGGAGCGACCCACAUUCGACGCCCUGUACAGGGUACUCAGUCCAAAGACUACCUACGUGGACAUCAGCUGUCUGAGUGAUGAUUACGUCUUUCCGCCUAUUAAUGAGAAUAGGGAAUAAACUAAACUU